AUGGCUGCGUCCUCCUCAGCAGGACUCAUCUUGAGUCUUUGCAAAAAGUUGCAGAAUAUUUGUCGAAUAUCUUCGCAGUUAAAUAUUCAACGGUGUGCUACUAGUGUGACACAUACCAGCCCUUAUCUUUGGAGGAAAAACUCACUGCUUGUUACCCAGUGCGAGUACAGUCGUAACAUAUCUCUGGUUCAGUGGAGCGCCUUGCACACAAGUGUCCACAAAAGGGGCCUGGAUGAGUUCUUUGACUUCCCAGAGAACUGGGGAGAGAGCACUGUGAAAUCAGGUGCACCAUGGACUGGCAAACAACUGAGAACGAAGAGCAAUGAGGAUUUGCACAAACUCUGGUAUGUGCUACUGAAAGAAAGAAACAUGCUGCUCACUCUGGAGCAGGAAGCAAAAAGGCAAAGAGUUCAGAUGCCGAGCCCAGAGAGGCUACGCAAGGUUCAGCGAUCAAUGACUAGGCUGGACACGAUUGUGGCAGAGAGAGAGAAUUCGCUGCGUUUGCUCCAAACAGGCCAGGAGAAGGGAAGACCAGGGGCCUGGAGGAGGAACGUGUUUGGUUAUGCUUAUUGGUAUCGAUUCAAAGAGUAUGCCAUUCCCUGGUAUAUGAAUAAACACUACAAGCGAAAGAAGUUUUACACGCCCGCAUUUGUUGAACCGCACAUCAGGUUGCGCAUUGAGAAGUUCAUUCGGGCUAAAUACCGGAAAGCAAACAUGGAGAGGAAAAAGCUGGCUGUACUUAAAGAAAAGUUCCCCCAGAUGAAGGUUCCUGCUACAUAA